AUGGAUCAUACUUCAAAAGAACUUGUUUUCUCGUCGCAUCAGAAUAUGAACUCUUCCAUUGGAAGCGGCUCACAGCAGCAAGUGACACAACGAAACACGUCCCCGCAGAAGUCAAUACAAAGUUCGAAAUCUACCUCUCCGAAAAAAUCCCCAACAAACUCCCCGAAAAAGUCACCACAAAAGCAGGACUUCCAAGAAGCUUCAGCAGCUGUUGAAUUGGAAUACAAUGCUGUCAAACGAUUAAAGCGUUUGUCCAUUGGCAACUCCUUAAAUUUCGAUCCGGAUUUACCGUUACCAAAUGAUGAAGAUUAUUACCUCAAUUUAGACUACAGCAAUGACUCUUCUUCUUCUUCAUCUUUGAACGGUUUCACCAACUCUAGAAAUGGUUCCUUAAAACGAUCUAAGUCUAAGUUAUCCAAGCAUUCAAUCACUCGUUCAAUUGAUAGCGAUGAAUCUGUCGAGGAUGUCUAUGAUGAUGCGGUUGAUGAUACCAUUGAAACUUUUAAGGAUACAUCAAGACUAAAUACCAGUGCGCAACGUGGAAUUAUUGAAUACAUUGAUUCAAGUGUAGAUGACAACAGUCAAUCUCAAGAUCUGGAUGCAUCUAUAGACCAAGAAUCCAUAUUGAAUAAUGAGGAAAUGAUUUGGGUUCCCGCAACAGCCCAUCCGCAAAUAUCACCUGAAAACUUUAAGAAGCAUAUUGAAAAUACCGAUAAUAAUGACAAUCUAAAUGUUAAAAAGCCGUCACUAAGGGAAUUAACCACACAGCUUGCCACGUUGUCGAAACGUGCUGGGCUAGAUGAUAAUGAUGCAAUUACUUUGGCUAGAUCUUUAUCUACUAGAUCCAUAGGUAUUACCAAGGUAGAAAGGGAUAUGUUUACAUACAAUGAGAAUGAUGAUAAUCAUGGCUCAAAGGAUGAGAAAAAUGAUUUAUCAGAAGAUUCAAGGAAACCAGAUGUUUCAAGCGAUUUGAGAAGGAUCAAAUCCAGAAAAGUGCUUCUUAGAAACAAGCUCAACACCAAGACUAGAGAAAGUUUAUUCAUAAAGAGUGAAGAUGAUAUUAAUAUGGACAGUAAUGAUGAUAUUGUGAACAUAAGUCCAAAUAGUGUCACACUCCCAGAUUUUGUUGGUGACCUACAGGAUAAUACGUGGACCAACUAUAGAAGACAAAAGCACAGCGUCGAUAAUGAUAUUCAUUCAACCUCUUCACCUUCAUAUAUGAAGCCAUUAGACUCUUCACAGACAAAUCCAGAAUCAUCUAGCCAUCAUAACCAUGUUUACAAAGAUAUUAGAAAAAUUCAUAAUGCUCAACGGCCAUUGGGCAGACCUCAAAUAAAUCCACUGAAAUUGAAAACCCCGACUAGUCGUUUACCUGAUUUACCUUUGUCGACACAAGCUUCGCCAACGAAUGUCUCACCUUCCUCUUCUUCAAGUUCAGCUUCUCCUUCUUCAAGCAAUAGAAGCCCUAUCAAUGUUGGUGCACAAAGCGCUCCUAUUCCUCAUCAACACAAUCAAUCACAUCGGGUACCUAAACAAGCAGCAAAUAAUUCCGUCCCUGAAGUUGUAGUUCUUGGUCCUAAGCAUCAAAAUAAUCCUCAAACCCAACACUAUCAGAAAUCAAAUGCUCGUCCUUCACAAUAUUCACUACAGAAGCAACGAGUUCUACAGCAACAAGUACAUAAGCAACAACCACUUCAUAAUGGCGGUGUUAUCAGAGAAACCAAUCAUCAACACCGUCACCAUCAAAAACAAAAUUAUCAACAUCAAAUUCAUGAUGCAUCAACAAUGCAAAAUUUUCGGCAGACUAAUCAAAACAUUGCAAAUCAACAUGUUUCUUCUAAAGGUCAGCAUCGCCAACAAUCACAAAUCUUAGCUGCACAAAAUCGUCAGAAACAACAACUAAACAUUUUAACAGAUCAAAAUCGGCAGAAACAGCAACAACCCAAUCCUCGUCAGAAGUACCCACAAUCCGUGCCACACAAUGUUUUACAUGCAGCAAACGAAAAUAUACCAACCCAGAAUCGUGUUAUAUGCGAAAAAAACAACGGCAAUGUGACCUCCCGUUCUCCUAGAGGCAGAGACCAAUAUGAUAAAUUGCCUCCUAGUCCAAAAUCCUAUUCGCAUAAAUCGCCAUUGUCUGUGAAGACUUCUCCUGGUAGUGGGUCAACAAACAGCGCAGAAAGGAUCCAAAAUUCUUCACCUGAUUCACAAAAUUUACACAUCAAGGUUGGUAAUGUUUUCCAAGAGACUCGAAACCUUGAUAUCUCUGACAAGAAAUUCAAUGAAGAAAAAAAGAUAGUUAAUCCUGCUGAGAAACUCAUUAAUUUUGUAGAGCAUGUUGCCGGGGGAGCCGAAUUAGAUGAGAGGUAUUCAGAUAACAAGCUAGCUGAUGAAUUACGAAACUCUAAGGAACAUGGAAGAGAAGAUGUUAAAGAUAAAGAAAAGGAAAAGGAAAAGGAAAAGGAAAAGGAAAAGGAAAAGGAAAAGGAAAAGGAAAAGGUAAAAGAAAGUAAAAAAUCCAAAAAUGCAUUCACCUCUUUUUUCAAAAUCAAACGGGAGAAACCCCAUUCGCCGUCUGUUUCUUCAGAUGCUGAUGAACCCAAGCAACUAUUUAAAACGAAACGUUCAAAAUCAAUCUCAUCUGAAGGUGGAAGUUCGCCAAAGGCUGAUUUUAUAUCCUUUUUUGGCGGCAGAAAGGAUAAAUCUAAGAGUAAAGAGGUUGAAGUUAAAGAACCAUCGGAAAAGCAUAUCAUCAAAACUUCAAGCAUACCUGACAUGCCUAAUAAAAAUGAUUCGGCUAAUAGCAAAAUCUCUACGACAUUUUGUGGAAAUCAUGAUUCAAACAAAUCAAGAGAUCCAGUUACUGAUAAAAAAGAGAGCACAAAACCCGAAAAGCUUAGUCUCAACCCUAAAUCAAAAAGUUUAGCCACAGAUAUGUCUUGCAAAAUACCAGAUUAUGUUUCUGCAUCAACCUCAGAAGCAAUUUCAGGCAAAACUGCUACUGUUAGCUCAAAAUCUGUCCCUUCUGUGAGUACAAAUAAAGAGUCCCUCGAUGUAUCAUUAUCAUCGAGAGAAGCAUCAAAAUCGUCCGUACAAAACCCUAACAUUGAAAGCACGGAUUCAUUUGACAACGAGAUUGAGGACACUGUCGAUCAAAAGAUUUUAUCGGAAGAACAUAAACAAGUUGAAGUGAGUGAAAAGCCAAUUAACGAGUCGCAGACUGGGUCGUCAACUAUUUUACAGAACCCCGGUGACGCUGAAUCUACAGAAAUCAUUAAGAAAUCAUUAAGAGAAACCUUAAAGUUGCGUGGGCGUCCUACGAAGCCAAAUCAACCAUUAGAAAUGAAGGAUUCCGCAUUUGGAUUUCCAUUACCACCUGUGUCUAAUGCUUCGUUAGUAAUGUUGGACCACCGAUUCCCAGUGCACGUCGAGCGUGCAAUUUACAGAUUAAGUCAUCUCAAGUUGGCAGACCCUAAAAGACCAUUGCGACAACAAGUUCUAUUGAGUAACUUCAUGUACUCAUACUUAAAUUUGGUCAAUCAUACAUUAUGGAUUCAAUCUAAAGAACAAGACGAAAGUGAAGAUAAUGAGGUUCCAAUUAGUGAUAGAAGUGUAGUUGUAGCUUCUGACUAA